AUAGCAGUCUUCACGUGUGUCAUUCCGGUGGACUAAUUGAUGUCCGGAAGCUUGCGCCGGAUAUUUCUGAUCACACGUUAUUGACACCAACACCUCGACACCUACUUAUGGAAGCAAAUAUAAGUUUCACUACGGGAGACAAGAAAAGUAGUAAGUUUUCUAUACUAAAGAGUAUAUCUGAGAUGUUGUGGCUGUUUGGCAUAUUGAUUUCGAUCCCGGCUUGCCAUGCGCAGACAGGGAUUUCCGUAAUGGCAGACCCGGCAUGUGACGUCACAAAGGGAUGUUUUUCGGACUGUUCCGGGUCUCAGUGUUCCUUCCUCGUGACAUGGAGAAGUGUCAGUAGUGCACAGAUCGUAUUCGAAAUUAUCUCCGUAGUAUCUAGCUCUGAAAGCUGGGCAGCCAUCGGAUUUUCUGACGAUAGAGCAAUGGGUUCGGACAGUGUUGUAGCCUGUGUGGGUUCAGGUGGAGUAAUCACGGCUGAAUCCGGUUAUACUGACGGUCGAUCAUACAGAUCUCUCUCCAACAAGAACCUAGGCUUGUCCGCAGUAACUGGUUCUGUGACUGGUUCAAUCAUGAAUUGUAGUUUAACCAGGACGAUGUUCAUACCAGGACAACCUGAGUUCUUCAGCCUGCAACAGGAUUGGCAUAUUCUUUUUGCGCGAGGACAAGCAUCAUCUGGUAACCCAACUAAGCAUGUUCAAACUCCGGUUAUCAGUGCAGCGGUAGUGGAUUUCCAGUCUACCUCGACAUCAGCUGGAGCAGGGGUCUCCUACCCACUGGUCAAGGCCCAUGGUUCCCUGAUGAUUUUGGCGUGGGUCUUUGUCGCUAGUAUCGGUAUAUUUGUCGCCAGGUAUAUGAAACCGCUCUGGCCUGAUUCUACACUGUUGGGAACAAAGGUUUGGUUUCCGAUCCAUAGGAUUUGUAUGGGAACCGUUAUGACACUUACUGUAAUAUCGUUCAUCAUCAUAUUCGUGGAAGUUGGUGGCUACGCACAUAACAUCAGUGUGGCGGUAGGCAGUGUAGCAUAUGGACGUUUCCAUCCAAUCCUCGGGAUCAUUGUCACUAUCCUCACGAUCGUAAAUCCUGUUAUGGCUAUGUUUCGCUGUGCUCCAGAUCACGAAAGAAGACCUAUUUUUAACUUCGCUCACCGUCUUUGUGGAAUAAGUGCACACGUUAUUGCAGCGUUAACAAUAAUUUUUGGAACGUAUCUGGAAAAGUCCCAAGUAACCGGAAGUGCCUCUGGUGUGGCAAUUGCAUACAUAUGGGUGUUUAUGAUUGUCAACAUUAUCUUGGAGAUGUACCUGCUAAUAAAACGGAGGGCAGCCGCAGGUCGAUCUGGAGACAUCGAACUUGUAACCCAAGGAGCGAGGAAUUCACUGACGCCGGAGGGACUUCGACAGGUUGAAGACUUUGCUGUGAAGUGUGUAUUCGGGAUACAGAUACUACUCAUGUUCGUCUUCGCCCUCACUUUACUCGUGCUCCUCAAUAUCGGCUGACAUAUGAAGACCUAGGCAAUGCUUUGUAUCAGAAUAUAUUGAAAUGAUUCAUGUUCACUCAAGCAUGUGGGAUAUAAUCAUAAUCCAACUACUCAUGAAUAUGCAUUAAUAUCUAUAUAUAAUAUAACCAUUUCUGUUGGCUAAAAUAUAUCAGCAUCCUCUACAAUAAUAUGCCGUCACUGUUAGUAUAGACAGUUUUAUUCGUUUGCAGAGCUGCGUUUUAUUUCUCAAGGGAAGGAAACAAUUUUGUUCCAAAAUAAAUCUGAUCUAUGUAUCUACUACCUUGAAUGAUUUUCACACUGUGGAGAUGAAGACCUAUUGUACUUACUCUCUCCAUAAAUUCUUACACAAUAAAAAAUAUAUUGUUUUCAAUCUGAUUUUUAACAGCGUCAUAUCUAAUUGAUUAAAGCACGUGGAAAUGAAA